AUGAAAACCGGUGUUGCAGUGGUGGCGGCCGCUGUGUUGGCUGCCCCUCUAGUCUCGGCUAUCCACCUCGCUCCUCGCUCGUCCUCCAGUCCGCCCCGAGCCAUCGGCCUGCCCAUUGAGCGAAGACAUGUUCCCGAUAUCCUCGCCCACGAAAGGUCUCGUAUGAGAAAACGACAGACGCAAGGAAUGGUCGAACAAUCCCUGGACAAUGAACAAUCCCUCUACUAUGCCAACAUCACGCUAGGAACACCCGCCCAGUCCCUACGCCUUCACAUUGACACGGGCAGCUCGGAUUUAUGGGUCAACGUGGCUACCUCUGCCUUCUGCGAGUCUGGCCAAGAUGCCUGCGAAGGCGGCACCUACGAUUCCUCAGCUUCGUCUACCUAUAAACUCGUCAAUGAUCAGUUUAACAUCUCCUACGUUGACGGCACGGGAGCUGCAGGCGACUACGUGGCCGACACCUUGCAUUUCGGCGGUGUUACUUUGACCGAUUUCCAAUUUGGCAUUGGCGAGUCCUCAUCCUCUGAACAAGGUGUGCUGGGCAUUGGGUACAUGUCAAACGAAGUUCAGGUCCAGCGUGCAGGGAUGGAUCCCUAUCCAAACCUGCCCGAAGCCCUCGUGAAAGCCGGCCACAUUAACUCCAAUGCGUACAGCCUCUGGCUCAAUGACCUGGACGCUUCAACAGGAGAGAUCCUCUUUGGCGGCGUCAACACCGAAAAGUACAAAGGAGAACUCGCUACCAUACCCAUCAUUCCCAGCAAUGGGGUCUAUUUCCAACUCGCCAUUGCCCUCACCGGCUUGAAAAGCUCCGGAACCGACCUCUCCUCUUCUUCCUCCUUACCCGCUGCCGUUCUCCUCGACUCCGGCGCCACCCUCACCUACCUGCCCAACGACAUCACCCAGGACAUCUACAACCAGGUCCAGGCCGUCUAUCAAACCGAUGUGGGGGCCGCAUACGCUCCCUGCAGUCUAUCCUCCUCUUCCGCCACCAUCGAUUUCACAUUUUCCGGUCAAACCAUUAGCGUUCCGUUCAAUGAGUUAUUCCUCGACGCAGGCACAAAUAAUUUUGGCCAACCCAUCACUUUCGAGAACGGCGAGGAGGCUUGCUUAUUUGGGAUUGCCCCAGCUCAAGGCUCAAUGGCAGUCCUCGGAGAUACCUUUUUGAGGAGUGCCUACGUGGUCUAUGACUUGGCCAACAAUGAGAUUUCUCUCGCGCAGACAGUCUUCAACUCCACGAGCGACAACGUCCAGGAAAUCACAACUGGGGAGAAAGCCGUGCCCAACGCGACCCCGGUUAAGAACCCCGUCACGGACGUGUCUGCUGGCACUGGAGGAGCCAGGUUGGGCACUGUCGCUUCGAGCACUCCCCUGGGAGAUACGAACUCCGGCUCCCUGGACAAGGGUAGCGCACGACCGAUGGCUGCCAUGAUUGCCGCUGUUGUGGCUGUUGCCGCACUGGUGAUGUGA